CUGUUACGCUUACCGCAGAAGAACAGGGGGUCAGCCCGGAGGACAUCUUCAGCAAGUAUCAGGCCGAAUUCUGGACAGCUGGAGCGCCUCGGUAUCAGUUUCGACCUAUUCACGACAACGCACACAGGCAACCAUGCGGAAGUAUCUCAGCGCAUCUUCAGCAGGCUCUAUGAGCGGGGAUUCAUCUACAAGGACACGAUGGUCCAGCCGUAUUGCGCGAGCGAGCAGCGAUAUCUUGCAGACCGCUAUGUUGAAGGCACGUGCCCACACUGCGCUUUUGAUGGAGCGCGCGGCGAUCAGUGCGACAACUGCGGCCGCACGCUGGAUCCAAAGGACUUGCAAGGCAUGACCUGCCGUAUAUGCGGCGGCACGCCCGAAUUCAGAGAGACCGAGCACUUCUUCCUGAAACUAAGCGCCUUCGAGGACCAGCUUCUGGAUUGGGUACGCAAGCAGGAUCACUGGCGUCCCAAUGUACGCAAUUUUACUAUUGGCUACCUGGAGGGCGGGCUGCACGAUCGCGCUAUAACGCGCGACAUCGAGUGGGGCGUUCCCAUACCUCUCGACGGCUACGAGGACAAGCGCCUAUAUGUGUGGUUCGAGGCGGUCAUAGGGUAUCUGUCAGCAUCCAUCGAGUGGGCGCACAACAACGGCACUCCUGAGGCGUGGAAGCCCUUCUGGGAGGACGGAAGCCGCGCUUACUACUUCAUGGGCAAGGAUAACAUCCCGUUCCACACCGUCAUCUGGCCUGCGAUGCUCUUGGGCUACGGCGGACUGAACCUUCCUUACGAUGUGCCCGCCAACGAGUAUCUCAACCUUGAGGGCUUCAAGCUCUCCACAAGCCGCAAUUGGGCUGUGUGGCUUCCUGACUACCUCGAUCGCUACGAGCCGGACCCGCUGCGCUAUGUCAUAGCCGCCAAUCUGCCUGAGACUUCCGACUCCGACUUCUCAUGGAGAGAAUACGUGCGCCGCAACAACGAUGAACUCGUGGCAACGUAUGGCAACCUCGUUCACCGGGUUCUGUCCAUGGUAAGCCGCAAUUUCGACAGCGUGCUGCCCGAUCCCGGCGAGCUUGACGAGGUGAGCGGCGCGCUCUUGGCAGAAGCGCAGCGGCGCUUCGACGAAACUGAGGCAUAUUUGGAAGCGGUUCGGCUGCGACAGGCGCUCCAAUCUUCGAUGGCGCUCGCGCAGACAGCGAACCGCUAUCUCGACCAGAAGGAGCCGUGGCGCGCCGUACGGAGCGACAAAGCUGAUGCCGCUCAGACGCUUUGGACGGCUGUAUCUGUGAUAAAUUGCCUCAAGACCACCCUCUACCCCUUCCUGCCAUUCAGUUCGCAGAAACUUCACACCAUGUUGGGAUAG